GAAUGGUCAUCGGGUUGUGACCUGUUUGGUUCAUAUUCCACUAUUCUUUUCUUUUUUUUCUUCUAGUUUUCAGUUUUGUAAAUUUUUAUAAUUUCCCUUCGUUCUUGUUCUGCAUUUCUUAUACUAGUAGAUUUUGAUUAAGUAAUCAUGAACUAGUAGAACAACACAAAUCUUGUUCUAUCUUCUUUUUCAUUUGUACAUUCUGUUUUUCUUGAUGGGUUUAACGGGUGGAGGUGAAAUGAUGAAAAAAAAGAAAGAUUGGUCAGCAAAAAUAGAUUGCUGUAUGUUAAUCAGUAGAACCAACUCUAAAAGAAGUUUCUUUGGUUAAUUAAAGAAAUUGUUUCCUUCUUCUUCUUGUUUCUUUGAUUAGAGAGAAAUCAUGAAGAGAUUAAAUAGUUCUGAUUCACUUGGUGGCUUGAUCUCUAUGUGUCACUCUUCUGCAGAGGAGAAGAAGAAUAACAUAUACAGUAGAGGAUUUCAGUCAAUGUUAGAUGGAUUAGAUGAAGAUGAUAUAGGUGAAGAAUCAGGAGGUCAUUUCGGUACUGAGAAAAAGAGAAGAUUAAACAUUGAUCAAGUUAAAGCAUUAGAGAAGAAUUUUGAAGUUGAAAACAAACUUGAACCUGAAAGAAAAGUUAAACUAGCUCAAGAACUGGGUUUACAGCCAAGACAAGUUGCAAUUUGGUUUCAAAACAGAAGAGCAAGAUGGAAGACAAAGCAAUUAGAAAGAGAUUAUGGUGUUUUGAAAGCUAGUUAUGAUGCUCUGAAGCUCAAAUUCGAUGCCGUGCAGCAAGAUAAAGAUGCACUCCUCUCCGAGGUCAGGGAGUUGAAAUCAAAGCUGCCCCAAGAGGAUGAGACUACUGAGAGUAAUCCCAUAACUACAGUGAAAGAAGAGAUGUUGCCAAUGGAGUCUGAACAUAAGGUUGCUGUGAACGAUCAUAUUCACAGUAUGACCACUUCACUGUCCAUGGUUGGAGGUGGAAUUUCAUCUGAAAACAUUGAUCCGAAUUAUCAGAAUUGCUACAAUGACAGUAGCAAUUGUUUAGUUGCCGGAAUUGCGCUGUUUCGGGACGGGUCAUCGGAUAGUGAUUCUAGUGCGAUACUGAACGAAGAUACCAACGCUGCUGCGAAUUCUUCGUCUUCCGGUGUGCUUCAACAGCAACAGAACAGUUGUUUCCAGUUCUCGGAUUCUAAUCGAGAGAUUAAUUCCCAUCAGAAACCUUAUCAUCAGCAGUAUCAACAAUUUGUUAGGAUGGAAGAACACAAUUUCUUCGGUGGCGCCGAGGAGACUUGUAAUUACUUUACUGAUGAUCAAGCUCCUACACUUCAAUGGUGCUAUCCUGAUCAAUGGGACUCGUAAACAACAAAGCCGAGAAUUUGAUGUUAGGAAAUAAAAAAUGAUGACAAACAAUUCAUCUAGGUACCGUUGCAAAAAGAAACCGUUGCGAAAUGUCCGAAUUUAUGUAAAAUGGGUUGUUAAAUUCUGAACUCAAUGAAGUUGUAGGGAGAUAGACAUUGAGAGAGUCUGCUGCACUUGGCCGGAAAAAAUAAUAAGAAGAAUCCCAAAGCUUAAAAUCCUGAGAGAGAGAGAGAGACGGGAAUUUCAUCGUAAGGUGAUGUUGUAAAAUCAUCCGUCUCUAAUGUUUGGAGCGUGGCCAAAUCCGUUUUAUUGAAUUUUAACUAUGUUGUAAAAACUAGAAGGAACCGGAUCUUAAAAAUUGUGAAAUAAUCAGAAUUUUUGCUUGCUUUCCGUUUAAA